AUGGCAUCGCUUCCUGACAAGGUGCUCUCAUGGCUGUACGGCGUUCUUCAUGUCAGUAUGCCCUCCAGCUCGCGCGAUAUGAUACAAUAGCUAAUGUAUGCUACAGGAGUAUCGCGAUCCUCAACGAACGUAUUCGGAUGCCGCCCGAACCCUCGCCGCAUACCCAACGCUUUCGCCGCGAACCGAAGUAUAUACCUACGAAGAUGGGGCUUCCGCGUUGCUCUUGACUCUCUGGGGAACACUGCCUGUGGCGUUCAGGGGAACCAUAUAUCGCUUUCCGGUGAAGUUAUGGUUUCCGCACAACUACCCGCAAGAGGCGCCCAUGGCAUAUGUCAUUCCGGAGAAGGACAUGCUGAUACGUCCUGGACAGCAUGUUGGCGUAGAUGGCAGGAUAUACCAUCCAUACUUACGAGACUGGGCCGGCAUGUGGGACCGAGCCAGCAUUGCCGAAUUUCUUGAAUAUCUCCAGCAGGUGUUUGGGAAAGAGCCUCCAGUCAUAAGCAGAGCGCAGCAGCAGCAAUAUCAGAGACAGCUGGGUCCUGGACAAACGCAACAGAGGCCUGGAGCGAGUCAGACGCCUCCACAACCUCCUCCUAAGCAGAGAGUGGGAAACGUCGAGGCCCCUGAGGGCUCUGCGUCGAAUGCUCCACCGCCUUUGCCUCCAAAACCUGGCGAAGAAUACGCAGAGCCUGCACGCAACACUGCACGGGAUGGCCCCCCUCUUCCGCCCUUGCCCCCUGAAGCCACGCCGAAUCAGCCUGGAGCGGCUUCCUCUGGACCUCAAAAUGAUCAAUGGCAAAGUCCACGAGCUUCGUCAUACCCCUCGGGUGCUGGAUAUCAAAAUGGCAGGCCGCUUGGACCGUCGCCUCUACCUUCGAUGCCAUACCCACAAGCGCAAUACCAGCAAAUGCAACGCUCUAAUCACGAUAGAAGCCCUGUAUCUCCAAUCUCACCUGCCAAUGGGUACUCAAAACUCCCAGAGUCGAAAUACUCGCGACCCGCUCCUCUGCCACAGGCACAGUAUCAGCAGUCGCGGUUGCCGCCUCCUCAGACCUCUCGGUAUCCCCCACAGCCGGCUGAAGGUCGCCCACAAUAUGCACCAGGUCGACCGCAGCCAUUCCAGCCAACUCCAUAUCCAGCACAGCAAGUGCUGCAACAGGCCCCGCAGAAGACACAACCGCCGCCAGAUCUUCUCUCCGACCCAUUCGAGGUCGCUCUGCCAGAAAGGUCAGGUCCAGCACCUCCCGCGCCCCCCAUUCCUCCCAAUCCAGAGAAAGAACACUUGCUACAAGCAAUAUCCGGCACGCUCGUGCAACAAGCUCAACAGAAGGUCAACCAGAACCUCUCAGCAGUCGCGCCUUUGCAGGCACAACAACAGGCAAUGCGCACAGCCUAUGCUCAGUUAGAGGGUGAGAUCCGUCAACUUGAGCAGCUGGAUCAAGCUCUUUCGAGUAACGAGGCGAUAUUGCAUCGGAGCAUACAAGAAUGCGAUCGGACCAUCGCCACGGCGAAAUCUAAGAGGCAGCCUCCAAUCGACGAUGUUCUCAUUGCUCCCACUAUGGUCGCAAACCAACUCUGGAUGCUCUGCGCCGAAGAAGCAGCAUGCCGGGAGGCAAUGUAUGUGCUGCAGAAGGCUGUUGACCGAGGACGAGUGAGUGGCAACGACUUUGUCAGGCAGAUGAGAGGUCUCGGAAGAGAACGGUUCUUGAAGAUGGCGCUAGCCCGUAAAUGUGCCCGUGGUAUGGGUCUUGAAUUGCAAAGGUGA